UUGGCGCUGUUGUGUGCAGCCUGCAACCGCAAACCGCAGCAGCCAUGUCGGCGUCCUCCAACUUUUUGAUACCUGCAAUGAAGCGGCUGAUGAAGCCGACCCAGAAGCUCAAGCCGGGCCUGCUCCCCAAGAACAUCAUCCCCAAGAACAAGUGGACGAUCUUGCGAGGGGAUAAGGUGCACGUGGUGAACGGGCACCACACCGGUGAGGUCGGGAUCGUUCAGGCCGUGAUCCGAAAACAAAACCGCAUCAUCGUGGAAGGGGUCAACAUGCGCAAGUACAGCAAGAAGCCGGAGGGAGGGGGUAGAGGCACUACCGUUACGAGGGAAGCGGCGAUCCACGUUACCAACGUUAACCUCGUGUGUCCUGAGACGGGGUUUCCGACGAAGGUGUCGUACAAGUUUUUAGAGGACGGCACUCGGGUGCGGGUAGCGAAGAGGAGCGGAGCCGUCAUCCCUAGACCAGAGAUCCUUACGGUUCGGCGGAAACCCAGGAGCAACCUGACGGGUCCCAAGGACACGGUGAAGGAAGACGUGGAGGAGAUUACCUUCCGAGGUCUGGACGAAAACGGCUACGAGAACCCCACCUGAGCAGCUUAGCUUGCGGUCUCUUGCUUCUUGUUGCAAUGGUGCGGCCGGCGAUUGUUUUUUUUUUUUUGCUGGAUGGGGUGAUUUCCCCAUGAGCAGCUCGCGGUCUCUUGCGUCUCGUUGAAAUGGUGCGGCCGGCGGUUGAUUUUCAGGGGGUUCUGCUGAAUGGGGUGUUUUCGCCAUCAGCAAACAUGCUGUUCUCGCACUAGUUCUAAUGACACUGCGGUUAAUUUUGUGUUUCGCGUUGGCUGCUGAACGGCGUGUGUUUUGUCAGAGGAAUGAAAAUGGUUUUGUUCUUGGCCGCCCUUUGGUGCCAGUCGUCUCAUCAGCUGCUCUUUUUAUCCCUUGCGUGGGACCCUCUGCUACAUGGGUACCUACGGCGGCAUUGCGGCUG